AUGCACCCUGAACCCCCUCCCCAGCUUAACCCUAUCCUUCCUGUCCUUGUGGGCCAACGCCCUGUUGAGAUCGAAGUGAUCCCGAUACCCUCUUCCCCUACCCUCGGUCCUGAUCCUAUGGAGGAGUCUACUGUUGAAGGCCUCAUCUUCACGAUGGAGACUACUCCCGAACCUCGUCCCCAGGGCAUCCAAGACGACUAUGUCGAGGUUGUCGCCGAGGACACUCGAGAGAUUGCUUCCCAGGACAGCCCUUUCCUCGGAUUGAACAUCGGCACUCAGCUAGAAGAAGCACUUCGAAGCUUCCUCCAUCGUCCCUCCACCACUAACCACACUGUCCUCCAGUUGAUGAAUUUCCUCGAGGAUGAUCCGGCCUACUGGCCCCCCAGCGACCUUGUUCCCCAGGACUUCCUGGAUGACAAGAUCCGCUUCAUUGGAGAUAUCCUGCGCAACUUGACGGACGAAUUCGAGGUGGAGGAUCUCACCGUCAUGCAGUUUGUGUACUUUUGCAUGAUGCCCACUCACAGGGUGUAUGAGAUCGGUACCUGUGAUUGGGAGCAGGGUGGCUACUACAAGGACAUGACUGUGGAGGCUGCUGGUUACAUUUCGUUCAUGAAUCCCGCCGAGCAGGCAAUGGCUCUCGCCCGCGAUGGCAAUGUCUGCAUCCUCACGGGAGCUGCCAACCCCGAGGCCUGCCGCAUCCUCCCCUUUGCCACCACCGCCACCCAGCACAAUGCUGAGUCCUCCUGGUCCUUCUGGUUCAUCUUGAGCGACUUUAUGGAUGAGCGGGCCCGCGCAGGCUUUGAGUCCAUGCUCCUCACGGCUGGCGGCUCCGACGAGUGUUGGAACAUGCUUAGCAUGACCCCAGCCCUCGGCGCCCUUUGGAAGCGAUGCUUUUUCGCCUUCAAGUGUGUUCGCAUUACUCCCACGGACAACGACAACGGCAUCAUCUGGCUCCAGUUCAACUUGAUGCCGCGCAACGACGUCGACCCCCAGGCCGUCGUGACGCCCACGAAGGAGAACCUCCUGCGACUUCUGCAGGACACUCCUUCGUCCGAGGGUUCCAGCGCUGCGGACGCCCUGCGUACCUCCGGCCGACAUCUUGAGAACGGUCACACCUUCGGCCUUUCUAUGCCGAUGGAUGAGAUUGUCCGCAUGAAGGUCGCGAUCGAUAUCCAGUGGAACGCGAUUCGACUGGCUGCCAUCUCGGGCCUGGCUCGCACCUGGGACGCUGGCAACGAGGAUGUCGACUUGGAGUCCGUUUAUACGGACAACAUUCCCUUCACUGCCUGA